AUACAGAAACAUGUGACUACGGCUGGCAUAAGUUUCAAGGCCACUGCUACAAGUACUUCCCUCAGAGGAAAAACUGGGACACAGCAGAGAGAGAGUGCCGCAUCAACGGGGCUCAUCUCACAAGCAUCCUGUCCCACGAGGAGCAACAAUAUGUCAACCGUCUUGGACAGGACUACCAGUGGAUCGGCCUGAAUGAUAAGAUGUAUGACAACGACUUCCGCUGGACCGAUGGUUGCCCUAUGCAAUAUGAAAACUGGAGGCCCAACCAGCCUGACAGCUUCUUCUCUGCUGGCGAGGACUGUGUGGUGAUGAUAUGGCAUGAGGAUGGUCAGUGGAAUGAUGUUCCUUGCAACUACCACCUCACUUUCACCUGCAAGAAGGGCACAGUGGCCUGUAGUCAGCCUCCUGUGGUAGAGAAUGCACGUUCCUUUGGGAAGACACGUGAACGGUAUGAGAUCAACUCGCUGGUGAGGUACCAGUGCCGUAUAGGCUUUAUUCAGAGACAUGUCCCAACUAUCCGUUGUCGUGGGAAUGGACGAUGGGAUAUCCCGAAAAUCAGCUGCAUGAACCCCUCAAGCUAUCAGAGGACCUUUAUCAGAAGGCAUCAGCACAAUAGUCUCUACAGCAUCCACAACUUCAAUAACUGGCAAGAUGAGUCCUUCCACUUUCGUCAUCAGCUCCGACCAGGAAGGAGACACAAAAUAGAACAUAAGUGGAAAUAACACGGCACACCUGAGACGAGAGCACGUGCCAGAUGCUUGUUUGAAAAGAA